AUGACGAUGCUGUAUCAGCAGCAGCAGCAGAAAGCCAUGAAGCACACGCACACAUUGGUGCUUAUCCGUCACGGCGAAAGCGAGUGGAAUAAGAAAAACUUGUUUACUGGCUGGUAUGACGUGCAGCUCUCAGAGAAGGGCAACAAAGAAGCAGUUGCGGCUGGUCAAUUGCUUCAAAAGGAAGGCUACACAUUUGAUGUUGCCUAUACGUCGUACCUGAAACGCGCUAUCCGUACGCUGUGGCACGUGCUGGAGCAGUCUGACCAAAUGUGGAUUCCCGUGCACAAGACCUGGCGUCUCAAUGAACGUCAUUAUGGUGCACUUACGGGUCUGGACAAACAGUCUACUGUGGAGAAACAUGGAGCUGAGAAGGUGUUGGAGUGGCGUCGCAGCUACAACAUUCCUCCUCCAAACCUUGACACGUCCAGCGAGUACUACCCGGGCAAUGAUGUUAAGUACAAGGACGUCCCAACAAAGGAUCUUCCUUUUGCUGAAUCUCUAGCGCUUACAGCUGCCCGUGUGCUCCCAGAGUGGGAGAACACUAUUGUGCCCAGCAUCAAAGCGGGUAAGAAUGUGGUGGUUGCUGCACAUGGCAAUAGUCUGCGCGCUCUUGUGAAGCAUUUAGACAACAUCUCAGAGAACGAGAUUACGGGCCUUAAUAUUCCUACGGGCAUCCCGCUCAUCUACCACUUGGACGAGAACCUCAAGCCCAUUCCGCACAAGGACGCCAUUGCACCAUUAAGAGCCUUUUACUUGGGUGACCAGGACGAAAUUCACGCUCGUAUUCUUGGUGUCAAGAACCAGACCAAGUAA